AUGAUAAGGAUAAACAUUGCCCAGGCUGUAGAUGAACAAAGCAAAUGCCCCUGGAGCCCAAAAAUGGCAUCUGUUGUGCCUUGUAAUGUGACUGAGGCGCAAGGGGCAGUACAUCAAAAAUCUUUAUUUGAAUUUAAAAGUGGACUUCUGCAUGAUCCUGUGUCAGUUGUAUUGGUCAAUAAGCACAGAUAUCCAUUAGUCAAAUCUUUAUUGUGUUGUUUUCAGCUGGGGCAAGAGGGAAAGGUCCCUUUAAGCAGCGCACUCUUAUGCUAUAAUGUUACCGAUAAAGUAAGAAGAGUGGUAGAGUCAUACUUUCGACUGGACAGCCCACUCUACUUCUCAUACUCCCACCUCGUCUGCCGAACUGCUGUUGAAGAGAAACAGGAGGGAAGAAAGGAUUUAAGUCAUCCUGUGCAUGUUGACAAUUGCAUUCUAAAUACAGAAGCAAAUAUGUGUAUAAAGGAACAUCCAGCUUAUACUUUCCGUGAUUACAGUGCCAUACUAUAUCUAAAUGGGGAUUUUGAAGGAGGAAAUUUUGUUUUUACAGAACUUGAUGCAAAGACAAUAACUGCUGAAUUGAGACCACAGUGCGGGCGAAUGGUGGGAUUCUCAUCUGGAGAAGAAAAUCCUCACGGAGUAAAUGCCGUCACUAAAGGCCAGCGGUGCGCUGUUGCCUUAUGGUUCACUCUAGAUCCCCGUCAUAACGAGAGGGAAAGAGUUCAAGCUGAUGACUUGAUAAAAAUGCUCCUUAGUCCAGAGGCAGAUCUGUCCCAGGAGGAGGCACAACAAACAGCAGAACCACUUUCUCUAGGGGAAGCCAAUCUGAGACAGUCUGGCUCAGAAUCACCAUCAGAUACUACAGAUUCAGUUGCUGCAGAAAGCACAGACUCCUCUAUAGAACACGUGCGCGGACCACCUGUGGACUCCAAACCCAAGACAGAAUUAUAACAUUAAUGUGGGACUUUUGGUUGUGCCUCGGAGACUGCUCUGAACCAGGGAGAUAACAUUUCCAAAAAAAGUUUAAUGAAAAACCAAAGCAUAACGUUAAUGUUUUUCAUUUUGUUUUUAAUCAUUCCUGGAAGAAAAGCACAACGGCAGAGACGACUCAUGAGUCAUGAAUGUUGCAUGUACAAAUUUACAAAGAGUUUUCAAUUCCAAGAGGCAGUUCGUGCUAGAACCUAACAGUGUGCAUUCUGGCUUGCAACUUGCAUCUUUUUCUUUUUUUACAGGAGGAAGUUUUUCUGUUUUUAAACCAGGCCCUGCAGUCCCAUGCAAUAAGUGGAUACCAAGGGGGAAUAUCUAGUUUGCUUGUUGUUUCCACUUGUUUACAAGAAUGGGUGACAGUUAUGAUGGAAUACCUAAUUUUUUGCCUUGAUCCUUUCAUGGAAAAUAGAUACUGAACUUUUAAUAUCGAACAUUAGAAAAAAUGACCGAUUGGGCUCAAAAUAUUUUUAAAUGAAUUUUGAAGGCAGAAUUUCUUUGUGUCCUGAUGUUUUUGUUGCAGAGAUAUUCAGUCAACUGUAUUUUCAGUGAACAGUGUAAUAAUCUAGGACCUACACUGGUUGUGUAUUUAUUUGGAGCCGGUCUUGCAGAAUAGCCUGUGUUUGCAAAACAACCAAGUGUGAGUUUUUCAUGUUACACUGUUCCACAUGUUUUGUAUGUUUAUGUGGUUGCGGAAUGAUUGAGAGAAAUCGGUCAAUGUGCUAUUUUAUGACUUGAAACUGUGGCUCAUAUAAAUAAAAACUGGCAAUGUUUGGGA